GCGAGCGAGAAAGCGCUCGAAGUGGAGUGAGCGAGGAAAGGAUUGAAGGAGAGAGACAUGACAAAAUAUCAAAAGAGGGAAAGCACGCUGUACCAUGCGAGCUAAAUUUGUGACCGCUGGAAUUGAGGAUGUCGGAUUAAUGGUGACUAUUAUAACCCGUUUUCGCAGAGGAAGCUUUUCGAUUGGAACUUUGGAACAGAGGGUCCGCGGGGAAACAUGGCCGAAGGAGGGGCGGGUAAAGGUGGAGGAGAAGACGACGUCAAGUCGACGGAGCAGGAAGAGCGAAUCCGGCCCCAGCUUCUGUCAGGAACAGGCCACUGCAAGUGGUUUAAUGUUCGAAUGGGGUUCGGAUUUAUAUCAAUGACCAGCAGCGAGGGGAGCCCCGUUGACCCCCCUCUGGACGUAUUUGUCCACCAAAGUAAACUGGUGAUGGAGGGCUUCCGCAGCCUGAAGGAGGGCGAGCAGGUGGAGUUCACCUUUAAGAAGUCCUCCAAGGGCCUGGAGUCCCUGCGGGUGACGGGGCCGGGCGGGGGACCGUGUGCGGGCAGCGAGAGGAGACCAAAAGGGAAGAUCCCGCUCCAGAAGAACCGCAAACCAAAGGGAGACCGCUGUUAUAACUGUGGAGGUCUGGACCACCAUGCCAAGGAGUGUGGCCUGCCCCCCCAGCCAAAGAAAUGCCACUACUGUCAGAGCAUCAGACACAUGGUGGCCCAGUGUCCCCACAAGGUGCUGGUGCACCCUACAGGCUCUCAGGACCCCCUGCACCCCUCUACCUCGGCCCACCUGUACCCCCCCGACGAGGAGGAGCACUCGGGCUCGUCCCCCCUUGAGGGCCCCUCGUCCUCCCCGGAGGAGCCACCCCAGUCACACCGCGGUGGCCCCCAGAGGGGGAGGAAAUAGGGGGAGAGAUGGGGAGAGGUGUACCCCUGACCCCCCUCUCCUAAGGAACCCCCUAACCCCCACCCCUAAUCUACCUCGCACUUGUGGAAAUAAUGGGAGGUCAAUUUUUGGGGGGACCAGCGCAGCUAUGGCAACGAUCGUCAGGGGUACGGAUGUAUGUGAAUGUGUGUGACUGACUGGCUGUCUUCCGGUGGCAGCUAUGACAACCAUUGCUGGGGCUACGGACUCAUGUGAAUGACUGUCUGUCUCUUUGUGUGUGACUGGUCUCAAUCAGUGCAGCUCAAGAGACGAUAUGGUCUUAAAGAGAAACAAGGUUGGUGGUGAAUCUGAUGGCUCUCUGGGUUAGAUGACUCUCUGGGUUAGAUGACUGGUGUCAUCCAGGACUCUGUUCCCUUUUAGAUUUUGGUUCAUAUUUAUAUUAUAUAACCGUUCCAAACAUCAUGAUGCGUCGAUCCAGCAGAGUUCGUUUUAAGCAUUAAGAAUUUUAAGCAAGGCCUUGAUGUAGGCCAGUGCUUCCUAAUCCUGUAUAUUUUUGUUUUAGCCCUAGCAUCUACACACUAGAUUCAACUCAUCACCAAGCCUUUGAUUAUUUUAAUCAGGUGUGUUAGGGCCAUGGCAAAAACAAAAAUGUGCAUCCCUUUGUCUAAACUCUUAGAAAAAAAAGUGCUAUCUAGAACCAAAAAGAGUUAUUCGGCUGUCCCCAUAUGAGAACCCUUUGAAAAACUAAUUUUUGUUCCAGGCAGAACUCUUUUGGGUUCAAUGUAGAACCCUUUCCACAGAGGGUUCUACAUGGAACCCAAAAUAGUUCUACCUGGAACCAAAAAGGGUUCUCCUGUGGGGAUAGCCGCAGAACCCUUUUUUCUAAGAGUGCAGGACCAGGAUUGGGCAACACUGGUAGGGCCUGUAUCAAAACAUUAGAACCUCAACCAAUCAGAAGCCAAAUUAUUAUUUAGUUAGGCCUAUCCAAUCAGUGUAGAGGAGAUUACCAUGGAUACCAGAGUGAAAGGUUGAAAAGGGGAUGGGCAGACAGUAACGUCAUCACAACCAGUAGCCUAACUGUCACACCUAAACCACAGAAGAUGAGCGUUUCUAGUUCAGUGGUACUGACAAUUGACUACAGAGUGCAUAGCAUUGAAUCCAGGCAUGUGCGCAUACUUGCUUGUGUGUGAGUGGGGUUGUGUUUAUUACAUUUGACAUUUUAGUCAUUUAGCAGUCGCUCUUAUCCAUAGCGACUUACAGUUAGU